AGUAUUAACAACCUAGUACCAGAUAUUUAACCAUGGGUGUGCCAGCGUUAUUUAGAUGGUUGUCUAGGAAAUACCCCAAGAUCAUCUCCCCGGUGAUCGAGGAAGAAGGAGACGUACAGGCCGACGCUGAGUACGGCAUUGAAGGUUCAGGACCAAGCUAUUCUUCACCUAAUCCAAAUGGUGAACUAGAUAAUUUGUAUCUAGAUAUGAACGGGAUUGUUCAUCCGUGUUCUCAUCCAGAACACAAGCCGGCGCCAGAAACAGAAGAUGAGAUGUUUUUGGACGUUUUCACUUACACAGACAGAGUUUUAAUGAUGGCAAGACCAAGGAAAGUGUUGAUGAUUGCCGUUGAUGGUGUUGCUCCCAGAGCCAAGAUGAAUCAACAACGUGCAAGACGUUUCAGAUCUGCACAAGAGGCUAAGAUCGCUCAUGAGGAGAAGCAAAGACAGAUUGCCGAGCGUGAGUUGCGUGGUGAAUCCAUCGAUGAGGCCAUCAAGGGUAAGAAGUCUUGGGAUAGUAACGCUAUCACUCCAGGUACCCCCUUUAUGGAUAGAUUGGCCGAAGCCUUGAGAUACUGGGUGGCAUACAAAUUGAGCAGCGACCCGGGCUGGAAAGACCUCCAGGUUAUCAUUUCGGAUGCUACUGUUCCAGGUGAAGGUGAACAUAAGUUGAUGAACUUCAUUAGAAGUCAAAGAGCUGAUCCAGAGUAUAACCCAAACACAAAGCAUUGUAUCUAUGGGUUAGAUGCUGAUUUGAUUUUCUUGGGUCUUGCUACACAUGAACCACAUUUCAGAGUGUUGAGAGAAGACGUCUUUGCUGGAAACAAUCGUCAAUUGAGAAUCUCAGACCAGUUGAAUAUGACCGAAGAACAACGGGAGAAUUUAGCUAAGCAAGAUGCAAAGAAACCGUUCUUGUGGCUUCAUGUUAAUGUGUUGAGAGAGUACUUGGCUAUUGAAUUGUUUAACCCACAAUUACCGUUUGUCUUUGAUGUCGAGAGAGCUAUUGAUGAUUGGGUGUUUAUGUGUUUCUUUGUCGGGAACGAUUUCUUACCCCAUUUGCCAAGUUUGGAUGUUAGAGACAAUGGUAUUGAUAUCUUGGUGAAUUGCUGGAAGAGAAUUUUACCAAGAUUGAAAGAUUAUAUCACUUGUGAUGGUAAGUUGAACUUGGAUGGUGUUGAGAAGUUAUUGGGAGGAUUGGCUAUGAAGGAAGAUGAAAUCUUUAGGAAAAGACAUGAAGGUGAAAAAAGAAGAGAAGAAAGUGAUAGAAGAAGAAGAGGUAUUGAAGAUGAUUCUUCUGAUAAAAAUAAGAGAAGAAAGCCUGAUGGAAUUUCUAAAGGUGCUGAUAGGGCUCUAUUGAUUGCAAACCAAAACAUGCCUUUGUACGGAGUUAAUGGUGAGUUGGUAGAAGGAUUUAAAGAAGUUUCCAAUAAGGAAAUUGCCUCUAGUAGAGAAAUUAGAGCUGGUGUUGAUACUACUUCUACCUCUACGGAACCUACUCAAACCAACGCUGAAGCUGCCGAAGCUUUAAGAAAGUUAAUAGCUGGUCAGAAUGCCAAUGCUGAAGUAAGUGCUGCCAGUGUCUUUAAGGGACAAACUACUGAACCAGAAAGUAAACCAGAAUCUCGUCAAGCCACACCUAUCACUCCAGUCGAAGGCUCACAAGCCAACUCGGAAGAUGUAGAUGAAAAUGGAGACGCUGUAAGAAUGUGGGAACCAGGUUACCAUAACCGUUAUUAUACUACCAAAUUUCAUAUUUCUACAGCUGAAGAGAUCCAAGAAACUAGAUCUUCCCUUGUUCGCUCUUAUAUUGAAGGUAUCUCAUGGGUUCUUUUAUACUAUUACCAAGGAUGUCCUUCAUGGCAAUGGUACUACCCAUACCAUUAUGCACCAUUUGCAUCGGAUUUCACCGAUCUUCAUUCUAUUAUUGGAGAUCAAGGAGUACAAUUUAAGCUUGGACAACCAUUCAAGCCAUUUGAACAAUUGAUGAGUGUUCUUCCCGCUAGUUCAGGAUAUAAUCUUCCGGAAGUAUUUAGAGACCUCAUGUCAAAUCCUGAUAGUGAGAUUAUCGAUUUCUACCCUGAAGAGUUCCAGAUUGAUAUGAAUGGUAAGAAGAUGAGUUGGCAAGGUAUUGCUCUUUUACCAUUUAUUGAUGAACAACGGUUGUUACGGGUUGUUCAAGAUAAAUACAAGGAAUUAACUGACGCUGAAAAGGACAGAAACAGUUUGAAGGAAGAUGUUUUAUACGUGGGAAAGAACAAUAAGAACUAUGAGAAGUUCUUAGCCAUGUAUGGACCAAGUGAAAAGCUGGAAAAUGUGUCUGAAACGGAAGAAAAGUCUGAAAUUGUACACUUCCGUUCAAGCAGAUCAUCUCUUGCUGGUUCUGUGUUUAUUGACCAAAAAUUCGAACCAACUGGUUCAACACCAUUCCCUCUUAAUGAAGGAACUCUUCCGGAUCUUUCCAAUAAAGAUUUUUUCGCCUCUUACUACCGUAUGCCUGCAAAGAAACAGGGGAAAUCAAUGCUUCUUAAUGGAUAUAUUGCUGCUACACCGGUUCUUACUCAAGAAGAUCGUGAUCUGAUAAUUUCUCGAGGAAACUAUCAGGGUAACAGAUUCCGCACACCAAAGGAUAAUGAAGGGUAUGUUAACCAUGGACCUGAAGGGAAAGAAAUAUUCCGUGUGUAUAGUAUGAGAAGAGGAGGGUAUCGUAGUGAAGUUUUUGCACCCAAAUCUGCUCCUGUGCAACAAGCACCAGCUCCGCAAUACAAUAACUCUCCUGGCCAAUAUAACCAAUAUGGCCAACAACAAUAUAACCAAUAUAACCAGGGAUAUCAAGGAGGGCAAGGUCAGCAAUAUAACAGAGGGAACAGUUAUAAUAACUACUCUAACCAAGGACAAUACAACAAUUAUCAGGGUCAAGGUGGAAAUUCAUACAAUAACAAUUCUUACAACAAUCAUAAUAAUUACAACAAUAAUAACUACCACCAGAACAGUUACAGCAACCAAAACAACUACAACAACCAAAACAAUUACAACAACUACAACAAUAAUCACGGCAACAAUAACUACAAUAAUUACAACAAUAGAUCGGGUGGAAACCAAUCAUCUAACCGAGGAGGAGGAAAUUUUCAUAAGAACGGGUAUAGGAGAUAAGUAGGUAGUAAGUAAAAAUUAGAAAACGCAGAAUUAUUUUGAAUCCCCCA